AAGCGUUUGCGCGGAGGCGCGGGGCCGGUGUCCGGACGCGUGUCGGAGCGGAGCGGAGAGCUGAGGCGGGAGGGGGUGCCAUGUCCGACUUCAAGCUGGGGAUCGUGCGGCUCGGCCGGGCGGCGGGCAAGACUAAGUACACACUAAUAGAUGAGCAAGACAUCCCACUGGUGGAGAAUUAUACCUUUGAGGCUCGUAUGGAAAUAGAUGCUGAUGGAAAUGGCGCAAAAAUAUUUGCAUAUGCGUUUGAUAUCAGCAAGCGGAGGGGUUCUGGUCGUCCUCUGCAUGAGCUGCUCUGGGAGCGGCACAGAGGAGGAAUUGCUCCAGGUUUCCAGGUGGUUCAUAUCAACAGCGUGACAGUGGAUAACCGACUGGACAACCUCAAGCUUGUUCCCAUAGGUUGGAGGCCAAAGGCAGAGGAAAUCUCGAGCAAACAGAGGGAGCAGAGCCUUUAUUGGCUGGCAAUCCAGCAGGUGCCUGCAGAUCCCAUUGAAGAGCAGUUCCCCGAGCUGAACCUCACACGUUACUACAAUGCCAAUGGGGACAUUAUGGAGGAUGAGGAGGACUCGUGCACAUAUUAUGAAUGCCAUUACCCACCAUGCACUAUGAUGGAGAAACAGCUGCGUGAAUUCAACAUCUGUGGGCGGUGCCAGGUGGCACGAUACUGUGGCUCCCAGUGCCAGCAAAAAGACUGGCCUGCCCAUAAGAAGCAUUGCCAUGAGAAGAGGCGCCCGCUGCAGCAAGAACUUGAGCCUGAGCGAUGACCCCCUCCCUCCCCUGCCCCUCCUCACCCUUGCCCCGCAUGCUUUCGCCAUGGAUCAACAGUGGCGUCAGUUUUGUUUUGCACAAUUCAGACUGGACAUAAAGUUUCCUAAGCACUGAGGAAGUACAAAGAACAGAAAUGGACUUGAGGAGGUCUCUGUGAGAAGAGGGGGCUGGGGCUACCCUUCCUAAGAUUGAUCGCUACGAAGACUAUAGAGGUUCCUGAUCAGAAGCUUCUGUGUCUAUAUUUAUAUGUUGAUAUGUAUUUGAACAAAAUCUUAUGUACAGUUUUUUAUGUUGUAAAAUCUGAUUUGUUUGAAGUUCAGUGAUGACAUGUAGCUGAACAGAGUUACCUAAAAAUAUUUUGCUCCGGUAGCAUUAUGUGACUCUGGGACAGCUUGCUGCUAAUUUGAUUAUAGAGGAGAAAAAAAAAGACCCACCUAACUGUGUUCCAGAGAAUGUACUAAUGCCAGGUCUCUGGAUCUUGUCCAUUUGACAAGGAGAGAGGGAAAAAAAUCAACAAUUUUAACCUUGUAAAGGGGGGAAAAAAAACUGAUAGGUUACAGUGAUGGCUGCUGGAGUGAGUGUGCUUCACAAUAAGCAUCUUGUAGUUUCAAUCUUUGUAACCCAAUUUAAGCACACUACACAGUCUGCCACUACUUGACUGUGUCCUGGAGGUUAGAUUCAAUGCAGCAAAGGUCAAAGGGAGGGUUUGUGGUGCUUAAGUCGAUAACUUCCAGUUGUACCGGAACUAUUGGGGAAAACAAUUAGCUAAGUUAUUCCCACAGUUUUAAUUCAGGACCUAUAGCGGGUGAAAACAAAGAUUUUUUUUUUAAGGACGUGGUGUAUUGAGUUUAUAGUAAGUUCAUUCAUUGAUAGUGUGAAUUCUUUACGUGUGUGGGCUUAGUCUGGAAAGCUAUCCAAACAUGGUUUAGAGUUCCAUAUUUGGGAAUUGAUCAGAUGGUGAAAUUGAUAACUGACAUGAGCUCCUUCACCAGGGAUGUUUCUAAAAGUUGGGAGCUGCUUUAUUUUUAGUUCAGUUCAAGAUCUUGGAGGUAGGUUUUGGUUCUGUCACUGUAUUGCAUUUACAAAUAUCCUUAAUUCCCUUUGCUCUCCUGUCUUGCACAGUAGCAUGACUGUAUUCCUGAAGCUUCUGAUUUUUGCUCUGGACUCCUUAACACAUCCCUCUCAAAGAAUGUCAUUCCUGGUCUGUAGCAGGCAACUGCAAGAUGCGACUGCAACUUGGUUCAUGAAUGAGGUAACCAAGAAGGCCAGGUGCCUUGGUGGGCACCAGAAACAUUUCUUGCACACACUCCCUGUGCUGCUGCAUGUUCACUUCUGCCUGCUCCUUUUUGGACAACAAGCCAAUCUGAAGCCAGCUGUGGUUUGAGGGUGUCAUUUCAUUGCAACAUGAGAAAUUGUAUUUAACCUACAACAUAUUUGCAAGUGCUAUGUCUAUUUUUUUAUCUUAAGUUAUUUUCAUUGGAGUCAGAUGGCUGGUAUCCAGCUUGAAACCCCUGCUGGGCAAAAAUAUUCACUGUGCUUGAGAGCAAGGGUGUUGAGUAUGCCUCAGCUUGGGUAGGUUUUGCACAGUAAGUGGUGGAAGGAUACACCUUGGAGAACUUACUUCCUGGUACAUAAUUAUACACCUUGGAGAACUUACUCCCUUGUAGCCGUAAUUGUACACCUUGUGAGCAAUUUUAAAAGAACAUUGGUGCAGUUGGUCCUAAGAUGUCUUUCCUGCAAUCAAAAGGAGGCAAAACUCCAAUUGUGACCUGGAACUUAAUAAAUACUUGCACAUGUUAACAGUCUCCUUGCCUUUCCGCUGUAGCAUUUUGAGUGGUGAGGGUGGGCUAUUGAAAUAUAUUGGACAAGCAGAGACCUAUGAAUUAAUUUGAAAGCUGCUGUACCUGUGUGCAUGUUUUAAAUGGGUUGCUGUUACUGUGUUGUGCUGUUGCUGUGCCAAGCUUUGCUUUUCCUCCCAGAAGCCCAAGCUCGCUCUCUGAUUCAGAUACCUGUUCUAUGUGUAAUGGAAUUCCAUGGAUCUUGAGUUGCUGCAUUCUCUCUUUUCCUUCCACUCAACUGCCAAUUGAGAUAUUACAAUGGAGUUUACAGUAGUUUAGAAAGCUUUGGAUGUUCUGUGCGGGCAGUCUCAGGUUAACCAGUAUAGUAUUUUCCAUCUUGAUUUACCGCAGCUUCCUCCUUGUUAUAAGAUGGGUUUAGCAUGGUGCUCUCUCUUCUGAACAUGAAUUUGCCACAUUUUGUGGUUAAGUGCCCUGGAGGAUGUGCUACUUCCAACUUUUUUUGAGUUUAGGUUUUGUGAUGUCUUUUAGAAUAUAUUUUUAACCAAAGCAGCAGACCAUAAGGUUUAGGAUGUAGUUACCCCUCACCUUUUCGGUUACUCAAAAUCUAUGCUGAGUCUCUUAACUAUUACUACUUUCUGUCAAAAACAAAUUACAUUAUCAAUGUGCAACUGUACAAAUCAGUUUCUAGUUGUAUCCGAUAAAUAAUACCAACUAUACAACAGUGAACAGAGAUAUGAUUCAAUUGUGUUGACCAUUGAACAGAAAUCACCAAGUUUCAAGUGUGACAUUCACUUCAAAGCAGCUGUUCGAAAUAGUUGUACAAAAAUAGUUUUUUUCUGCAAUUCCUACUGGUCUGUGACUAAACAUUUGUGCUCUUGCUGGUUUGGAGUAUUUCACACCAUUUGUAAGCGCUGUGGAGCAGCAUUGAUUCAAUAGUGUAGCUAACACUGGGGUUUUCCGUGUUCUCACAUAUCAGUUUUAGUUUUAAAUGUGAGAAUAAUAAUGCCCAGUCAGGGAGAACCCCUACACAAACUGUUUUGAAACUUACUUGGACUGUGCCACAGUCUUGUGUGUAAUUUUAAGACUAAUUUAGACUAAAUUAAAUCUGGUCUGCUUCCCAGCUUCUUCCCUCCAGUAGUUUGUAAAUAUACUGACUUUCCUCGUGGCGCCAUUGUCGAUCAUGUUAUUGUUUUGGUUACAAGACCUGCUCCACGCUAUUGAGCUGUUCCAGCACAGUCAGACAUAAUGGUGUUCAAAACCGCGUCCAGACUUGCAUUUUCAGAGCUCUUUGCAUCAAGGCUAUUACUAUCCUAAUUACAAACUAUAUUGUGUGGUCAGUUGCAAAAAUGCAGAACACUAGCUACUGCAGUGUUGCUGUGCCCCCAGUUUGUUUCAUGCACUGAAUACAGUAUCUUGCCUGUAUUUAAAAUUGUUAAAUAAAGCUGAAACAGA